AUAUACAAGGUUGAAACUGUUAAUUUGUGUGUGAAAACAAAGUUAUGUUAUUAAAUUACAUAUUGUCUCUCAGCAUUUACUGUUAUUUAUUUGUUACCGUUUAUUGAUUUUUGCCGUUACAGCUGAAUUGCAAUUAUAACCUCAAAACGUCAGACUUUGUAUACUCUCUCUACAACCAACUUUUUAAUACACAGACUAAAAUUUUCAUAACAAAUUUUACAAAGUGGAACUUGAGAUAUAUUUUCUCAUUUUUACCAAGAUCAAGAAUCUUCAAUGAAUUGUGAUUCUAGACGCAUACACAUGAUGUUAGGUUCCAAGUCAAGAGCUAAGUCCAAUGAUUUUGGAAAGAGGAGAAAUUCUUCAAUCAUUUCAAAAACAAUUACUGCAUCCAAGCUUUGCAGAUGUGAUGCAUUGGGAUCACAAAUUGAUACCAAUGCCCUUGUUUCUCUCGAAAAGAAGCCCUACGCUAAGCAUUCGUCUCAGAAUCAGACCGAUAGACUGGGUGUCAUGCAAGAGCAAAUGGAAAAACUUGAGGAUUUGAGAGAAACAAUAGCACGAUUAGAUUCUGUUGAAGGAGAAAAGAACAGAGCUAUUAAUGAACGAAGUGAGAUAAAACAAGUAGCACAUGAGGCCAAUAUGAAGGCAAGAGAUGAAAUAACACCAAGGAAAUCAAGUGAACUCUAUGCAGAAGUUAGGACUCUGAAGGAAUUGCUUACUAACAAACAAGAAGAUCUAAAGAUAAAAGAUAAGAAUAUCUCGUCUUUGAAGUUGGAGCUCGAAAAGGCCAAAAGUUAUAAUCUCAAGAUAGCGGUAAAUGACGCUAGUUCAGGACAAGUGAAAGAGCGAUUUAGUCCCUUAAAAGCCUUCAAGAUUCGAUUAACGGAUUGGUUGUCCAAUUUUAAAAGAAGGGUUCAAGAAUUAGAAGAUGAAUUGGAGAACAGGAAAUUAUCAGAGUCCAAAAUAUUUGAUGCUUGGUUAUCAAAGUCAAGGCAGUUUGAAGAAAUCAAGAUUGAACUCAAAGAAUCCUUGCUGGAAAUAGCUUCUCUUCAUGAAAAGCUUGAAUCUUUAGGCACUUCUUACAAUGGAAAGAUUAAAAGCCCAGCCGAAAAGGAAAUAGAGAAAAUAAAAUCUGAACUCAAACUGGCAAAAGAGAACGAGAAGAUUGUAUCAUCAAAGGCCAAGGCUUUGAAAGAUGAGAUGAGUUUGCUAAAAAAUGGAAUGAAAUUGGCAAAUGAGGCAGAAGAAAAGAGCAGAAGGGCCUUAGAUGAUUUAACGUUAGCGUUGAAGGAAGUUGCUUCGGAAGCAUCUGAGGCAAAAAAGAAACUUAGCGCUAAACAACUAGAAUUAGGAUUAGUGAAAAAGGAGGCUGGAGAUCUGAAAGAUUUUAUCAAAAGCACUAAGGACAGGUAUAAAAUGUUUUUGGAUGAGGCGAAAAAGGAAACAGAAUUAUAUAGGAAAACAACAGAGAGAUUGAAAUUAGAGGCGGAUGAGGCACUUUCGGCUUGGAAUGGAAAAGAAAUGAGCUUCGUCGUGUGUAUAAAAGAAGUUCAAGAAGAACGAGAUCUAGCUCUACACGAGGCUACUAAACUCAACGAGUCUCUUAAAGCAUCUGAGCAAAGAAGUAACGCAGCAAGGGAAGAAAACUACAAAUUGAGAGACAUCUUAAAGAAGGCUAUCAAUGAAGCAAAUGUGGCAAAAGCUGCUGGUGACGUAGCUAGACAGGAAAACUGUCAACUCAAAGAUUGUCUUAAUAUAACAGGGUGAAUCAAGACUAUGAAUGUAUUGUGAACAAAGUAAAUACCUCACGAUAAUUUUAACAAGUAUAAACAAUUGCUUCUUUUUUUAACAU